AUGGGAUCUCAAGUCAAUCUCCAUAGGUUACAUCCAAAAGGCACACCACCAUCUUUCUCUGUAUGCAUCUCUUGCAAUGAUGAAGGUGCUGAAUUCAUCCAUGCCGUUGCCAAUGAAGUCACCAUCUCGGACAUUGUCAACUCUACCUCUGUGCCUCCUAUACUACAACUCUUCUUCCAUCUCAACGGAGCUGUGAACUUUGAAGGCCAAUCACUCCCACUCCUAUCCGCCCAAGUCACUGAACUAAAAGAUGGCGGCAUCUUCAUUGGCUGCUCUUUUAACCAUAUCGUUGCCGAUGGAUUCUCGUUUUGGCACUUCAUGAACUCAUGGUCUGAGAUUUCAAGAACCAGUUCUCAUUCAAUCACUCUUCCGCCAACUCAUGAGCGUUGGUUCAUUGACUCUUGCACACCUCCCAUUCGUUUACCAUUUCAGCAACCUCAAGAUCUCAUCAAGAGUUAUAGUUCUCCACAACUAGAUGAGUGUGCCUUACAUUUCUCAGCUGAAGUGGUUGCAAAGCUAAAGGCAAAAGCCAACAAAGAGAUGCAAACCAAUAAGAUUUCAUCCCUUCAAGCCUUGUUAGCUCAUGUGUGGCGAAGUGUGACUAGAGCUCGUUGCCUCAAACCUGAUCAGCCAACAGGUUACUUUUUGGCCAUGGGCAACCGAUCAAGGUUGGAUCCACCUUUACCAUCAGCAUACAUGGGUAACUCUCUACAAAUAGCAGACGCGGUCAGAAUCUUAGCAGGAGAGCUGGUAGGAGGAAGCUUGGGAUGGGCUGCGAAUUUGCUUAAUGAAGCAGUGGCAUCUGUGACUCAUGAUAAAAUUAUAGAGUUUCUUGAUUCAUGGCCUAAGUGUCCCUCUUUUAAUGACAUUAGUCAGUUCGCUCCUUGUGAUUUGUUCACAGGAAGCUCCCCGAGGUUUGAUGUGUAUGGAAAUGACUUUGGCUGGGGAAAACCUAUUGCUGUUCGUAGUGGAGGUGCAAACAAGUUUGACGGGAAGAUUACUGUAUAUCCCGGGCCAGAGAAGGGAAGUAUUGCAUUAGAGAUUUGUCUCUUGCCACAUGUAUUGAAGCGUCUCAUGGAGGAUAGCGAGUUUAUGAAGAUGGUGAGUGCGCUAUAGUUUUGGAUUGAAGAAUUUUUUUAAGAAUUUUUUGUAUUAUUAUUAUUAUUAUUAGAAAAUUGGUUUUCUCUUCAUAUUGUUGGUUUUUCUUUCUUUUUCUCAAUAUAGAUGUUUGGAGAUUUUUAACGUAUGUG